CCUGCGGAGCCGAGCGGCGGAGUCGAACGGAAACGAACGAGCACAGUCCGCGUAGCGGACGAGAGGCUCCGGACGUCCUACCUCUCGGCCCAGCUAGCCGAGCGGGGCCGAGCGGAACUGCCCGGGCCCUGGCCAUGGGGCACUGUCGCCUUUGUCAUGGGAAGUUCUCCUCCCGGAGUCUCCGCAGCAUCUCCGGCAGGGCGCCUGGGGAGAGCUCAGAAAGGCCACCCCCUGGGGACCGUGUUUUCAUCCGAGAUUUUCAGCGCCUCCUGGGCGUGGCUGUCCACCAGGACCCAGCUCUGUCCCAGUUUGUCUGCAAGAACUGCCAUGCCCAGUUCUACCAGUGCCACGGCCUGCUCACAUCUUUCCUGCAACGAGUCAAUGUUCCCCCGACAGGCCGCCGGAAGCCUUGCACAAAGGUUGGUGUCCAGCCACGGAUGGGGCCGGAGGAGGGAGCGUGUGUGGUGGACCUGAUUGCUUCGAGCCCCCAGGGCCUGCGUGGCUUGGUGGGGUGGGUGCACAGACACGCGGCUGGUUGCGGGGCCCUACCUAGCCUCCAGAGGACGCUGUCCUCCGAGUACUGUGGUGUCAUCCGGGCCGUGUGGGGCUGCGACCAGGGCCAUGACUACACCAUGGACGCCGACUCCAGCUGCGGGGCCCUCUUGCUGGACAGCGCUUUGGGUGUCAAGUGGACGUGGGACAAGGAUUCAGCCCCACGACUCCCCCAGCAUCGGGGGUUCAGCCCCACCGGGGCUGCCCCUCAGAGCUCCCAAAGCAGAGCAGCUGCGGCUGGGGCUGAGACCGAGACACUCCCCAGCAUGGACACAAGCCGGCUUCCUUCAGAUGGUGACCCAGUGGGACCGGGGCCGGGACCCCCGUCUCAGCCAAGCCUCCCCCAAGGUGGGACCCCAGGGCAAUUGGGUGAGAAGCAGGUUCCAUCUCCAACCUCGGAUGAUCGGGUAAAAGACGAGUUCAGUGACCUUUCUGAGGGAGAUUUCCUGAGUGAAGAUGAUGAAAAUGACAAGAAGCAGAACACCCAGUCCUCGGAUGAGUCCUUUGAGCCGUACCCAGGAAAGAAGGUGUCUGGUAGGAAAAGUGAAAGCAAAGAAGCCAAGAAGUCAGAAGAACCAAAAAUCCGAAAGAAACCUGGGCCCAAGCCGGGCUGGAAGGGCAAGCCGCGGUGUGAGAGGGAGGAACUGCCCACCAUCUACAAGUGUCCGCACCAGGGCUGCACGGCCGUGUACCGCGGGGCCGAUGGCAUGAAGAAGCAUGUCAAGGAGCACCACGAGGAGGUCCGGGAGAGGCCCUGCCCACACCCCGGCUGCAACAAGGUGUUCAUGAUUGACCGCUACCUACAGCGCCACGUCAAGCUCAUCCACACAGAGGUGCGGAACUACAUCUGUGAUGAGUGUGGACAGACCUUCAAGCAGCGGAAGCACCUCCUGGUCCACCAGAUGCGCCACUCGGGAGCUAAGCCUCUGCAGUGUGAGGUCUGCGGGUUCCAGUGCCGGCAGCGGGCAUCCCUGAAGUACCACAUGACCAAGCACAAGGCUGAGACGGAGCUGGACUUUGCCUGUGACCAGUGUGGCCGGCGGUUCGAGAAGGCACACAACCUCAACGUGCACAUGUCCAUGGUGCACCCGCUGACGCAGACCCCAGACCAGGCCCCGGAGGCCCCACCCAGGCCCGCAGCAGGGCAGGUGGUGAAGGCUGAGCCCACCUGAGGGCCUGCCUGCCCUGAGGUCAGGGGUGGUGACUGAGCUUCAGGCCUGUGGGCAGAGUGGUAUCCUGAUGCACCCCCACUAUGCGUGCUGGGUGGUGAUGGUUCAGUCCACGGCUUGCAGGGUCUUGUGGCCUCUGCUCUGGGACCAGCAGUUUCUUCUCCUAUAAGCAGAGUGACUUGGGCCAGUUGCAGAUUUUAGAGAACUGAUUCCUCUUCCCCACUACAGCAACUGAGAUUUGUAACCCGCUUUUCAGGGCAACAAGAGCUCCAUGUUAUGCUUAUAAUAAAUUAUUUACCGAGGA